AUGUCGGACAACAUAGACGACUUCCGUCAAGUACUGCAAUCGUCGAAGAAAAUCCUCGUUCUUAGCGGGGCUGGAUUAUCCGCUGCGUCAGGCAUUCCGACUUACAGAGGAGGAACCGGUAGUUUGUGGCGCAAAUACGACCCAGCUUCUCUUGCAACUCCUGGGGCGUUCUCAGAGAACCAGUCUCGUGUAUGGCAGUUCCAUCAUUACCGGCGUGAACUGGUACUCAAGGCUACUCCCAACCCGGGACAUUACGUGCUUACCCGCUUAGCGAUUCCCAGUAUGCGCCACAAGAUCGCACCGCACGCCGAGCUUACUCACGUCACGCAAAACGUCGAUGGGCUCCUCACGAAAGCGCUGGCCGAAGUGCAGGCUCCGCUCGCCGCGCGCGAGACGCCUGCUGAACUGAUCGAAAUGCACGGCCGACUUUUUGACGUCAGAUGUACCGCUCAUGACUGCUCUUACCUCGAGACGAACUACCACUCGCCCAUUUGUCCUGCUCUUGGCAGCACAGAAAGCUUUGCGGACGACCGUUCGUCCGAGCCUGUUGUUAAACGCGCUGAUUUGCCUCGCUGUCCUCUGUGCGGGCAGAUGUGUCGCCCAGGUGUGGUAUGGUUCGGCGAACGGCCCCAUCGAAUCCUCGACAUCUUAGCUCUCGCGGAUCAAGCCGAUCUGUGCAUCAUCGUCGGUUCAUCAUCAGCGGUCCAACCCGCGUCGAAGCUUGGUUCUCGCGUGAAAGCUCAUGGCGGGAAGGUGGCGGUCUUCAACCUUGAACCUAGCAACCACGCUGAAGAUGCCGACUUCCUUUUUCUGGGGCCUUGUGAGAGGCGUCUUGAAGAAGUGUUUGCGAUAUAG